GUUCCUCCCCAGGGAGGGCAGCUGUGAAGAACAGAGUGUCAGAAGGCCUGUCCUUAAGCCCUUUCUGUCCCCCAUACCAGGUUUCUGUUUUCCACGGGAUGCACACCCUCAGGCCUCUCACCAGGGCUGAUGUCUUUCCAUAGAACCAGAAACUGGGAAUCAUCCUCAAACUGGACCAGACACACCUCCCGAGCACUGUCCACCUGGAAUGGGCCUGGAGGGUGCCGAGCAAGCGGCGCCUUCUCCGCGGAUGGGGCGGGCGGACUGUCGGACCCGGCGAGAGAGGGAAUCCCCGCAGCCCCAUCCUCCAAAGGGAGACCUGCCCUCGGGGCAGGAGGAAAUUCCCCCUCCCGGCCGCCGGCCUCCGGCCGAGCCCUCACCCCAUGCCACACCCGUUAACUGCCCCCUUAACCUUCAGGGUCAUUCCAAGCCCCACCCCCCCAGCCCUAGUUCACGACCCCGCCCUCCACUCACCCUUCUCAUUGCCCCCGCCACGCCCUCCUCCCUCGAGUGCCCCGGCCCCGCCCUCGCUGUGCCUAGCUGCCCCCCCGCCCACCGUCGCCGCGCUUCUGCGCACGCGUGACCCCUCCCGCGCGCGCGGCACCUGGGAGGACCCAGCCCCUCCUUUACGGGGCGGUGGCUCUCGGCGGUUGGCGCGAGGGAGUCGGGGCUUGCGUCCCGCCCCGCGCUUCCAAGGCGGGCCCACGGACCGGGAGGGCUAGUACCGAGGCGGUGACGCCGCCGAGAGCCAGCCAAUGGGCAGCGGGCGGGGCCAGCCCCGGCGGUUCGAACGGGAAGGCAGGGAAAGAGCGGGAGGAAAGAGCCAGCAGUUUGUGGGAGGGAGCGCCAGCCACGCCCCUGGGCUCGGGUUCCUACCUUCCCACACUCGCCAGAGGAGUUUCUGCCCCGGGCUGGGGUGGCCUUUGGCAAAGGGGAAACAGAACUAGUGACUGUGGAUACCUAGUAGGCAACUCCUAGGCGUGGACGACGGGGGCAGGGUAUGGGAGCUGGAGGCCACCCCACUCCGGGGAUUGUCUGUUAGGGAGAAAAGCCGAAGCCCUAACCCCGCGAGACACACACAAAUGCUUGGCAGAAUGGAAGAUCCACAGUUUUCCAUCUUUACAGGUAUGAAAAAUAUCUCCCUUAUUGGGC